AGUUCUGUCUCGGAUCGAACGCAACUUGCACGCGUGAAUCGACUAUAAUAUAACGCACAACCGCGACAUUUAACAAUGGCAUAACAGUGAUUUGCUUAUAAACAAUAAUAGAAACAACGAUAAAGCUUUCGAGUAAAGUUAUUUAAUUUUUUUUGUGUGUUAAUUCCUGUGGAAAUGAACGAUUCUGAAGUCCCUUCGAACCACUCUUGGCAGUGGUAUAAGGAGAUGCUACAGUCGUGGCUGGAACACCCUGGCUCUGAGCAUGGUGAGCUCAAUAUGACGGCAUUGAACAUGGACCAGGCUUAUGUGAUCGGAACCGCUGAUAGGAAUGUUGCUGUCUACAGCGUGUCCGAUGACUGUUUUCGUUGUCCCUACGAGUUGCAGAAGUCUCUGUAUGAAGGUUCUGAGGAAAGUUGGGUAGUGAGUACAGUCCGACGCGCCACCUGGAGAAUAUACUCUGACGCCAGUGAUGAGUACAUCAGCUCCAGAAAUACCACGGGCAUGGUGUGCCAGCUGAGACCUGAAGUCGGCCAAUUCGGAGUGUACCGACUGAACGUCACCAAUGAUGAAUGUCUGUUCACCACGGACAAGGAACCGGUCAACAUAUACAUGCCUCUCCUGCUCCUCCUCGGCUUUCUGGUGGGUGUGUGGAUAGUGUAUGGAGUGUUCCAACUGGUCAUGUCCCGGGUGCGGCGGACCGGCAAACUGUGUUACGGUGACAAGGAGCUAGCUAUACAACAGAGGCUAAAAGCACUCGAUACCUUCAGAGGGAUAGCCAUAGUCUUAAUGAUAUUUAUUAAUGACGGUGCUGGCGGAUACUGGCUGUUGGAGCACGCCACUUGGAACGGUCUCGUGAUAGGAGAUCUGGUGUUUCCUGCAUUCCUGUGGAUAAUGGGCGUCUGUAUACCACUGUCCAUAAAGAGCGCUUUCGCUAAGGGCAUACCUAGGUGGAAGAUUCUUCUGAACAUUGUAUGGCGUUCGUCAGUACUGUUCCUAUUGGGAGUAUCUCUCAACACAAUUUACGGCUCCAACAUGCUGCAGGAGUUGCGGAUCUUCGGAGUGCUUCAACGGUUUUCUGUUGCCUACCUCAUCUCUGCUGGCUUUUAUGUUCUCACUGCACCUAAAUACUACGCACCACCGAGGGGUGCUUGUGGGCAAGCCCUGAAGGAUGUGCUGUCAUGUGUUUGGUGCUGGGCGUUGGCUGCGGUGCUGGUAGCUGUACAUACUGCCAUCACCUUCACCGUUCAUCACCCUGACUGCCCGGCCGGCUAUGUAGGUCCGGGUGGUAAGCACGACGACUGGGUGGCACCUGAGUGCAGCGGCGGCGCUGCUGGCUAUAUCGACCGCUUACUGCUUGGAUCCUCGCAUCUAUUUCAGAACAGUGCCUCUCGUCAAGUCUAUGGAGGACCGCCCGUUGACCCUGAAGGAAUUCUUGGGUGCCUGACGUCGGCCGUGCAGGUGCUGGUGGGCGUGCAGGCGGGCGCCACGGUGCUGCUGCAGCGCUCGCACAAGGCGCGCGUGUCGCGGUGGCUGGCGUGGGCGGCGGCGCUGGCGCUCGCGGGCGCGCUACUCGCCGGCUUCUCCAGGGAGCACGGCGUCAUACCGAUCAACAAGAACCUCUGGUCAUUGUCAUUCGUUCUCGUCACAUCAGCUUGCAACUUAGCCAUUCUCAGCAUAUGUUACAUCCUGACUGAUGCUUUGAGUAUUUGGGGCGGAGGCCCAUUCAGAGCUCCCGGUAUGAACGCGAUCGCCCUCUACGUCGGUCAUUCACUCUGCGCACACAUCUUCCCAUUCCACUGGAGACUACCCAUCAUGAGAACGCAUACUAUCAAACUAUUGGAAGCUGUAUGGGGCACCGCACUAUGGGUUAUCAUCGCACACAUCAUGGCAAAGAAAAAAGUUUUUAUAACAGUUUGAUAAAACUGCAACAAGUCUAGUUUAAGGUGCAGUAAUUGCCGCUCGCUAAUUUUUGGUCAUACGUUGAAAAUUCUGUUAGUGGAAUUAAGACAAGAAAUCAUUAGAUUAAUGGAAAUCGUAUUCGAUUCACAUUGAGCCUAAAGCUAUGGUGUGGCCAAAAUUUUGCACGCGAGUUUCAGAGGUCACAUUGCUUGUCACAUCAGAAUUUUAUAUGUACUGUACGUAAUGAUACAUACAUAUCAAAUAAAAAAAAAUAUAAUCAUAUGAAGUUUUUUAAAAUAUUGAAUUCAAAAUUAAUUGACUUUCUCAAAUUACUGAUUCGUAAAUAUAAGAAAUUAUUUUAGACUAGUUUAUAUACUUGUACUAAAUUAUAUUUGAAGACUGACUUUCAAUUGAAAAUGAAACAAUAAAAUUGUUGACAGAUUCCCCAUUCGCCGCCGUUACAUUAAUUCUAGUCUUAAAUCUGUAUGUUUUAUCAACGUAGUUAUAAUUAAGAAUUACUAAAUACUUAUAUUUUUGUAACAUAAGCACAUAGAUUAAAUAAGUCUGGU